ACAAAACCAUAAGCAAAACACUAGCUAGCUUCAUUAAUUGAUAUAUCAAUGGAAAAGUUUCUAGUAAAGUCUCUUUUUCUGGCCAUGGUUACCGUCUUGGUGGAAGGGCAUGGCACUAGAGUUGGAUUUUAUUCAAGCUCGUGCCCUCGAGCUGAAUCCAUUGUCUCCUCAACAGUUCAGUCUCACUAUCGGUCCAAUCCCCUCAUAGCUCCAGGCUUGUUGCAUAUGCUCUUCCAUGAUUGCUUUGUCGAGGGCUGCGACGCCUCUGUCCUCAUUGAGGGUUCCAACGCCGAGAGGACUGCUAUUCCAAGCCUUACUUUGAGAGGCUUUGAGGUUAUUGAUGAUGCCAAAAAGCAGAUUGAAGCAGUGUGCCCCGGAAUCGUCUCUUGUGCUGAUAUUCUUGCCCUCGCUGCUCGCGAUGCAGUUGUUCUGACGGGAGGAGUGAGUUGGCUGGUACCAACAGGACGUAGAGAUGGAACGGUUUCAUUGGCAUCCAACGUUAAACUAGUAAGUCCCAAGGAGUCCAUUGAUGCGCAAAAGCAAAAGUUUGCUGCAUUUGGUCUCAACACACAAGACCUUGUGGCCCUUCUUGGUAAUUAAUUAAGUAUUAAUUAAGCAAUAUAAUUUUCCUUUUUCU